AUGAAAGCUAGUAAAAUGAGCCUAUUACAAAGAGCUUUAGGGAUUGCCAAGAGGAAAAAGCAUUCCAAAUCCAAUCCAAAUAUAAUUAACCAACCUAUACCGGAGGAUAGAAUUGUUACAAACAUCAUAAAAAAACAACUUAAAGAACUCACUGACCCUUCUGACGAAAUUAGCAAUAGGGUAAAACGAUCCCUUAAGGAUUAUUUAAUUGCAACUAAUUCGACAACUCCAAAUACAAUGAUUGAAAACUCAAGAAAGGAUGAAAUGAUGAUAAAAGAUAGUAGGAUAAGCCUAUUACAGAGGGUAUUGCGAAUUUCCCAAAGUACAAAGCGUUUUAUAACUUCCAAAUCAAAUCAAAAAGUAAUUGAUCUACCUAAAUUUGAAAGGGAUAUACCGAAAGAUAGAAAGACUAACCUUUCUAGUGAACCAACCACAAGUCUGAAAAGACCCUUUAGCGAUGAAUUAUAUGUUUAUCAAAGUAAGGACGAACCAACUACAUCGAAUACCCCAUAUGAGGAUGCAAAAAUAACGACCCAGAAUCAAUGCGAAUGGUUUGAUAUACCACUUGAUGACGAAAAUGAGAAGAAAUCACACCCCGCAAAGAAAGUAGCAAGAAGAUGGUCAUUUCGCCAAGUGAAGCUACCCGACAGGAAUCAAAUCGGACGGAUAUGGAACAGGGUGGUUAGGUUAUAUAGGAAUCCAAAUAAGAACCCAAAGAUGUCGAAGCCCAUCCUAGCUUUUUCUAAUGCGAGAGAAAGGAAAAUGGCUAUUAUGGAAGCUAAGAUCAAAGCUUUCGAAUACGCAAGUUUUCAAAGCUGUUUCAAAGACCACUCGUUUACUGGCUUAGAAGACGAAGUUAAGAUAUUGAGGAUUGGCAAAUUGAUUAAACCCAUCGAUCAUUUAAUGCGUUUCGAAAGGUCAAAAAGGCAAUUACAUAUCUUGGAUACCAUACCAGAAGUGGAUGAAAGGGAAUAUCUUCUAACUACUAUAUAUUCUAGAGGUAAAACGUGGAUCACGCGAGCCCUCAAAAACAAGCGGCAAAUAAAUCAAACCCCUUAAUAAGAAUAUAAUUUUCAUUUUAUUCUCUUUAAAUAUCUUUUAUUAUUAAAAUUAAAAUUGUAAAAAUAUGUGAACUAACGCUAAUAUAUUUUAUUUAAAAAUUAUUAACCUAUAGAUAAAACAUGGAUA